UGGUACGUACACUCAACAUACGUCCUGCCUGGCGCAAACACUUGAAUCUCGCGAUGCGAAAGAGCUCCCUGAUGCCGUCGUAAACCCUCCUGGGCCCUGCACUGACUCUGGUCCCAACGCCCGACAUAUCAACAUGCGGGUCAACAGGCAACAUACUGCAUUCUAGGGUUCAACUAUCCAGACCGCUACCAUGGGACAAGGUUUCUCACUCACCACACUUUCGGCUGGCACCGCCAACAUCGAUGUACCAGAGCUGGCUGACUUGCAAUAUGAGAAAUCAUUGGGCGCGGCUCGGUUUAUGAAAGCUGUGCGGGCACGACACAAAGAUGGCCUUGUUGUGGCACGUGUGGUGAUGAAGCCCUACGCGCAGUUCAACUUUGAGACCUAUGCAAGGAAAUUACUUCGCGAACGCAAGGCAUUAGCUGAAGUGCCGAAUGCUCUGCCCUACCAUCGCAUCAUUGAAACAGCUGCCUGUGGGUACCUUGUCCGUCAGUACAUCCACAGUUCCUUGUACGACAGACUAAGCACACGUCCGUUUCUCGAAGAGAUCGAGAAGAAGUGGCUUUCUUUCCAACUGCUGUCCACCAUACGAGAUUGUCAUGCCAAGAACAUCUAUCACGGCGAUAUUAAGACAGAGAACAUCCUGGUAACGUCCUGGAAUUGGCUAUAUUUGACCGACUUUUCUGCUGCAUACAAGCCUGCUCAUGUUCCCGAAGACAAUCCGGCAGAUUUCUCAUUCUAUUUCGAUCUUUCUGGGCGGCGUACGUGCUACUUAGCUCCCGAACGAUUUCUAGCCUCUGGCCAGCAACCAGAAGGAGAAGGAAAUGUGAAUUGGGCGAUGGACGUCUUCAGUGUAGGCUGUGUCAUUGCAGAACUGUUCCUCGAAGCGCCUAUCUUUUCUCUGAGCCAGCUGUUUAAGUAUCGACAGGGCGAGUACAAUCCGGAACAUUCACAUCUGGGGAAAAUACAGGAUUCUCACAUACGAGAGCUUAUAAUGCACAUGAUUCAAGUCGAUCCAAACUCCAGGAUGACGGCCGAAGACUAUCUGACACACUGGAGAGGAAAGGUGUUCCCGGAUUAUUUCUAUGGAUUCCUUCAGCAGUACAUGUUCUCGAUAACUGACCCGUCAUCGGGACGGAAGCCAGUCACGACAAGCUCUGAGCACCUCGGAGAACCUGAUGAGCGGAUCGACCAGGUGUACAAUGAUUACGAUAAGAUCUCCCAUCUACUUUCAAGUAGUGAGGGAAAAGAACCCGUCAAGCCACAGCACUCAACACCCAAGCCAAAUGCAAAGUUAUUCCCGUUGCAUAUCGACAUCCCCAACUACCAACAUCAAGCCUCGCCCACGCGGAGUCUUACACAGGACGACGGUAAUUUGGUGUUCCUAACUAUUGUCGUAUCGUGCAUGCGAGGGACAGCUCGUGCAUCUGCUCGCGUCCGCGGAUUGGAGCUCUUGCUGGCUUUCUCAGAGCGCUUGACCGACGAGGCGAAGUUGGAUCGUGUAAUACCUUACGUGGCACAGUUGCUCACCGAUAAGUCUGAGCAAGUCAGGAUCACUGCAUUAAGGUCACUUACACAGAUUCUUGCGAUGGUCCAGGUGGUAUCUCCAAUCAAUGCCUACAUCUUUCCGGAAUAUGUUCUACCCCGACUGGAGUCAUAUCUUCCUGGUUCCUCUUCCGCAACAAAUUCUCUGGUUCGAAUGCAGUAUGCCUUGUGCAUAGGAACGCUUGCGACUACCGCUGCUAGAUAUUUGGACAUGAUACAGGCGUUACGAGCAGAUGGGGCCCUUCCUGCUACCGAUCCGGAAGCCGAAGAUAGUCUGUCCACCUCCGCACACCGUAAUCGCUUUGAUGCCGAUCGUCAAAACCUACUCGAUGCAUUUGAGAAGCACACAAAGGCUCUUUUGACGGACUCUGCAGCAUCCGUCCGCCGCGCUAUGCUCCGAUCUGUUUCUGAUCUCUGUGUUUUUUUUGGGAGUCCACGCGCAAAUGAUGUGGUGCUGAGCCAUCUCAACACAUAUUUGAACGAUCCUGACUGGAUGUUGAAAUGUGGGUUCUUUGAAGCAAUAGUGGGUGUAGCUGUCUUCGUCGGAGGUGCUAGCUUGGAGGGCUACAUCCUUCCGCUUAUGGUUCAGGCUUUGACAGACCCGGAGGAAUUUGUUGUAGAGAAGGUCAUACGUGCUCUUUCUUCGAUGGCAGAGCUUGGCCUAUUCCAAAGGUCCAAGACCUGGGAGCUGGUCGACAUCGUUGCACGGCUUACAAUGCACCCUAACCCCUGGAUUCGAGAAGCGGCCGCGCAAUUCAUAUCAACCGCAUCCAAGUAUCUCUCGAUUGCGGACACACACAGCAUUUUGAUCAACCUCAUCAGGCCAUAUUUGAAGGUUGUGCCGUCAGAGUUCUCACAAACGCGCAUUCUCGAAUCCCUCAGGAAGCCAAUGUCUAGAUUGCUCAUGGAAAUGGCCUCAAAUUGGGCCGUUCAGGCCCAGAAAGGGCUCUUCUGGACUGCUGCAAGACAACAGCAGACAUUCACUUUCGGAUCUACAGAAGAUAUUCUUCCUGCUAUCUCAGGCCGUGAGCUGGAUUCCAAAGUGCUUCAGAGGAUGCAGAAAAACGCAGAAGAUGAGACCUGGUUACAGAAGCUUCGCAAUGCAGGAAUGACCGCUGAGAAUGACUUCAAACUUGUUGCUCUGCGAGAGUUCAUCUGGCGCGUCGUGCACCGGCGACGGUCUGACAGCCUCGCUUCAAGUCCUACUAAGUUCAACAACAUUGUAACGCUGAAAGAUCUUGGGAUUCAAGCUCUUACUGUCAUAUUCGACGAGAACGUACAGCAGACUAUCAACGAAGAUCGAAUGAUUAGUGGCCGACCGGAUGGCAUUGAUCGACCUCGUACACUACAGGAUGCGUUGCUGGAUGCUUCCACAACGGAGGUUGACGCUCUCACAUCUCGAAUGCCUCAUGUUCAGGGCCAAGCCGAGCGCUUAGCGCGGGAAGAGGGCGGCGGGCGACGGAUUGCAAUCCCGCCUCGCUCCAUACCUGCAAUUCAAGGGAAAGGGUCCCCAUCUUCCGAAGCUGAUGUCCGAAGAAGCUCUCUACAGAUACCCAGCAGCAGUUCCCCUACCCAUUCCCAUAUUGGAUCGUUCAGUCUAGGCGACCAUACACACAGUUUGCAACAUCGCAAUAGUGCAUUGAGCUUAUUAAGCAAGAAAGAGAACAAAGCUCUCCCAGAGAUUGGGACUACUUCCGCAAAUGCAUUUGGGAAAGUCGAUGCGGCGCAUGUGCGCGAAUCAUCUCGAUCUCGCCAGCCGUUGUCGCCACUUGCAGUCGAAAAGCCUCAAAGAAGCACUUCUCAGGUGCGAUUCAAGAAUGCGCACAACUACACUGGCAAUGAUCCGGCAAUCCUGAAGCUUCUCGAUUCUAUGCUUCUUGAGCGCUUCCCCUCGAGUGAGAUCGAGUUUGGUCCCCACAUCCAGCCGCCACUCAGGAAGCCGCCCAUCCGUUACAAAGACGCUCGUCAAUCAGCACCAGGUGUUCCAUGGAGACCUGAGGGUGCUUUAGUCGCAACAUUCGGUGAGCAUACCGCCGCCGUUACUCGUGUCUUAGUGUCACCAGAUCAAGGUUUCUUCAUAAGCGGAUCUGAUGAUGGCACCGUCAAGAUUUGGGACACCUCGCGGCUUGAGCGAAACAUCACCCGACGAUCACGGCAGACGUACAAGCUUGGGGAUGAUGUCAGGGUUACAAGUCUGGUCUUUGUGGAGGGAAGCUACUCUUUUGUGGCCACUGGUAGUGACGGCAGUGUUCAUGUCGUGCGAGUCGACUACGUCCAUGGGCCAGAAGGGACUGCCAAAUUCGGUAGACCGCGUCUCCUUCGCGAGUACCAGCUUUCUAAAGGCGAUCAAGCGGUAUGGUCUGAGCACUACACUGAGGACAGUAAGUCUGUGCUACUUCUUGCCACAAACACCUCGAAACUUGUGGCACUCGACCUGAAGACAAUGAACGAGCUGUUUGUGCUAAAGAACCCGCUGAACCAUGGUACACCGACCUGUUUCUGUGUGGACAAGAAAGCGCAUUGGCUGUUGUUGGGAACAUCACAUGGGGUGCUCGAUCUCUGGGAUCUUCGUUUUAAGCUACGUCUCAAAGCUUGGGUCUACAGUGGCGCUUCACCCGUACACCGACUCCUCCUUGUUCCAGUGCCAGGAAGAAUGCAGAAGCAACGGCUAUACAUUGCUGGUGGUAGUGGACAGGGUGAAGUAACCAUGUGGGAUUGGGAGAAGCACAUAUGCGAACGUGUGUAUCGUAUUGGCGGCGGCAAAGAGACGGGGUUAAAGAACACUCUCCUUACCGAUCUUGACGAGGAGAAACCAGGCGGCAUGCUUGGUCGUUUUGCGACUGCACUGGAGCCUACUGCAAAUCAGAGCGCAGACCGCGGUAUCCGUGCGCUUGCUGUGCACACGCAGGCCGUAGACGAAAAGGGCGAUGCGAAACACACAUUCAUUUUGACAGCAGGUCCGGACUGGAAGAUUCGGUACUGGGAUACAUACAAACCGGAAGCCUCGAUGAUAGUCAGUGGUUUGGAGGCUGACGAAGCGAAGCCUCAGUUUGCCGUCAGUCAGCCAGGCGUUGAAACCACUGUGAUAACUGAGCUUUCGUCGCAGCCUCAACCACAGGCUUUAAGCGGGAGAGAGAGUAAGAGCUCAUCUUCCAGUAAGAAGCCGGCACCGAAAUCGUCGAGGACUGGGUUGAUCUCGCAACAACAGCAGCAACUUCUCAAGUCGCAUUUAGACAAGAUCAUGGAUGUAGCUUUGGUCGAGCAACCGUAUGGCAUGGUCAUCUCUGCGGAUCGGUCGGGCAUCAUCUACAUGUUCAUGUAG